AUGAAGAAAUCUAUUAACAGAAGCAAUUCUAACUCUGAAAACCCAAGUAUUUUGAAAGUUUCCUGUAUGUUCUCAAAGGCGAUAGUAAACAUAAACCCCAAACCGUUCUCGUGUUCUGAAUGUGGAAAAUGUUUUACACUUAAUUCGAAUUGUGUUAGACAUCAGAGAACUCACACAGGAGAGAAACCAUUCUUAUGUUCUGAAUGUGAAAAAUGUUUUGUCAAAAAGGCACAGCUUGUCAGUCAUCAGAGAACACACACAGGAGAGAAACUGUUCACAUGUUCUGAAUGUGAAAAAUGUUUUUGGACAAAUGCAGACCUUGUCCAUCAUCAGAGAACACACACAGGAGAGAAACCGUUCUCAUGUUCUGAAUGUGAAAAAUGUUUUGUGCAACAUUCAAAUCUUGUCCGUCAUCAGCAAAAACAUACAGGAGAUAAACCAUUCUUAUGUUCUGAAUGUGAAAAAUGUUUUAUCACAAAAGGAGAGCUUGUCCGCCAUCAGCGAAUUCACACAGGAGAGAAACCGUUCUCAUGUUCUGAAUGUGAAAAAUGUUUUGGGCGACAUUCAAAUCUUGUUAGACAUCAGAGAACUCACACACAAGAGAAACCUUUCUCAUGCUCUGAAUGUGGAAAAUGUUUCGGAAGUAAUUCGGAUUGUGUUAUACAUCAGAGAACCCACACAGGAGAGAAACCGUUCUCGUGUUCUGAAUGUGGAAAAUGUUUUAUCACUAAAUCAGCGCUUGUCUGUCAUCAGAGAACUCACACAGGAGAGAAGCCUUUCUCAUGUUUUGUAUGUGGAAAUUGUUUUGGGCAACAUUCAAAUCUUGUUAGACAUAAGAGAACUCACACUGGAGAGAAGCCUUUCUUAUGUAGUAAAUGUGGGAAAUGUUUUGCCACUAAAGGAGGACUUGUCCUUCAUCAGAGGUCUCACACAGGAGAGAAACCGUUCUCAUGUUCUGAGUGUGGGAAAGGUUUUAUCACAAAUUUAAAGCUUGUCCGUCAUCAAAGAAUUCACACAGGAGAGAAACCGUUCUCAUGUUCUGAAUGUGAAAAAUGUUUUGGGCGACAUUCAAAUCUUGUCAGUCAUCAGAGAACACACACAGGAGAGAAACUGUUCUCAUGUUCUGAAUGUGGAAAUAGUUUUUACACAAAUGCAAAGCUAGUUUGUCAUCAAAGAACACACACAGGAUAG